AUGGGCCCACCACAUUUUGAACCCGCAACCCGCAAUGGUCCAUUGCGCUCUCCUAUAAAUGCGAUGAGAGGUUACAAUUAUUUUCGAGCAGAAGCAGUUGUAGUCCAAAUGGAAAUAAGAAGAUUGUCUCUCGUAGUGGUGGUGAUAGGGAUGCUUAAUGUCCUGCUUUUAUCAGAAGGAUGUUUAGAGGAAGAGAGAAUUGCUCUCUUGCAAAUCAAAACUUCCUUUGAUUAUCCAAAUGGCACAUCAUCCCAGUAUUACUCUUGGGGAAAAGAUGCCAACUGUUGUAAUUGGGAAGGAGUUUUCUGCAAUGCCACUACAGGGCGAGUUCUCCAAAUCGAUCUUCUCUACGAGAGAUUAGCGGAUUGGUACUUAAAUGCCACUUUGUUUCUUCCUUUCCAAGAGCUGAACUCUCUUGAAUUGAGUGGAAACAACAUACUUGGCUGUGUUGAGAAUGAAGGCUUUGAAAGACUUUCAAAACUCGACAAUUUAGAGACUCUCUAUUUAAGUUAUAACAAGUUCAACAACAGCAUUCUAGCAUCUCUAAGUGCUCUUUCAUCUUUGAAAUCAUUAGAUCUAUCAAACAAUCGACUUAAAGGAUCGAUUAAUAUUGAAGAAUUGGAUGCUUUGAUCAACUUACAGGUGGUGGCUCUAAGCGGAAAUGAGAUUGACAAAUUUGUGUUCUUGGAAGAUAGUAGAGGUUUUCCAAACCUUAGCGGCAUUUAUUUAAAUAAUAUGACCACAAAUGGAAGAGGCAUCCCAUUCUCAUUACUGCAAUCAUUGGAAAAAUUCCCAAACCUCAGGAGCCUUGCUCUGGGAUGGAACCAUUUUGACGAAACAAUAUUAGCUCAAGGUGAUUAA